AAGCAUGACAACAACAGCAGCAACAGCAGCCAUCAUUGUACUUGGAUGUCGCAUAAAUCCAGAUGGCACAGCAUCCGCAAUGAUGAAACACAGAGUACAGGAAGCAGCCAAAGUGUACCAGUCACUCUUAAAUGACGACAAAUCACACCCAUGGGUGAUAUUCACUGGGUACCAGCCUCAUGGUGAUGAUAAUAAGAAARCAACCGAGGCUAAAGCGAUGUCUAGCUACAACGAGGAGGAAGGGCUUAUUCCUGCAGAUCAUACUGUCCUSGAAGAGAAGGCUGAAACUACUGCUGGAAAUGCCUACUGGUCUCGUGUGAUUAUUGAUGAUUURGGAAUUGAGGAAGUUCAUGUGGUUACAAAUGAGUUUCAUGUAAAGAGAUCUAAAGUCAUUUUUGAACAGCUAUAUCCAUCAGAAACCUACAAGCUGUAUUAUCACGCUGCUGAGCAACAAUUAGAUGAUGAAACCCAAAAAAGAAGCAGCGAGAGAGAAGAAAAACUUAUGCAUCAGAUAGAUUUUGACAUUUCAGAGGUUGUCAGGAAGAUCAAAGAAUCACCAGAUGGAAAGCCGAUAACAAUUUUAAAUUCUCCCAUCAUCAGCGACGAGGUCUUCAAUCAUGGUUUCACUACAAGGUUUGGAGGAGUUUCUACCCAUGAAACACUUUCUUCCUUAAAUCUUGUUAACCCAAAAAGAUGAGACCCACUAGUUAAUAUAAUGGAAAAUAGACAACGCUUAGCACAUGCAUGCAAAUACAUGCCGCAAGGAUUCCACAUGGCAAAAUGUGUACAUGGUACAGGAGUUUGGGUGGUCGGUGAUGAAGAACCUGAUAGCUACGAUGCCUUGGUCACUAACCAAGUAUAUGUUACUGUUGCUGCUCCUGGUGCCGAUUGCACUAUUGUGCUGUUCUGUGAUCCUAUCAAUAAGAUUUGUGGUGCUGCACAUUCAGGCUGGAGAGGCACACUUGCCAAAAUCAGCCAUGCCGUCCUUGACGUCAUGACYAAACGAUUCUCAUGUCAAAUAAAGAACAUUUAUGUGGCUGUUGGGCCAAGCAUAGGACCAUGCUGUUUUGAGGUUGGCGAAGAUGUUGCAGAACAGUUUGCUGGCAUCAGUAAAGAUGUAGUUGUGAGAAAGGAAAAUGCACCAAAACCGUUUGUUGACCUGCRCAAGACAACGAGAAUUCUUCUUGAAGAGUAUGGAGUUAAACCAGAAAAUAUUGAUGACAACACAAGUAAAAUAGAUGGUGUUGAGGAAAGUCAACGUGUUACCCAAUGUACAUAUUGUGACCAAGAGAAAAGGUUCUUCUCCUACAGAAGAGAUGGUGCACAAUAUGGCACUCAGAUUGGUUUUAUAUCUGCUGUAGCAUCAUCACAAAAUAAAGAUUCUAAAGGAAAAUGUCGAGUAGCAUGAUUAGACCUAUACAGCGCUUCCAGUAAUAUCAUCUUCUCUGGGAAGAUCUAAAUAAAACCACAAUAAAAAUGAUAAUAUAAAAAUAUAAACUUUUUCAAAUUAAAAACAUUGCAAUUUGUAUUGGAAAUCACACAAUCUUGAGUGCAAUCCGAAAUUUAUGGGUAUGGGGGAAAAAUUUUUAUUUUUAAGGUUUUGCAAAAUCUGAUUUGGACAUACAAUGUUAUAGCCACUAUACUUCAAAUACUUCCAUGUACUAAAAGAUUCUUUGGCUCUGAAUGUAAUCAAGAUUUAUGCUAUCCUUUAGGAUGAGAAAGGGAUCAUUUCUCUGCAUAUUAUUGACAAAAUAUAACCUAUAUGUUAAGUGUAUGCUACAUCGAGUGUAUAAGCAGAUUAAAAAAUCUGCCUCAGUUGGGUUCUCGUCUAGCAAACGAGAGGUCAGUGGUUUGAGUCCUGYGAGAACCCAACUGAGGCAGAUUUUUUAAUCUGCUUAUACACUCGAUGUAGCAUACACUUAACAUUUAGAUCUUUACUGAGUGACAAAAACACAUUUCAUAAAAUAUAAUCUGUCAAAGAACAGUUAAUAUGCCAUUUGCUAAAAAAAUGGAUUUGAGGAUAUAAUUUGCAGAUAAACUUAGUGAAAAUAAAUUUUAAUAACAGUAACAUUUUUAUAACCUCUGGAUAAUUAUUAAUAACAUUUAACAUAUAAUAAUCUCUAAAAUAUAAUAUCUAUCAAUGUUUGUACUAUUCUUUGUGGUUGUUUUAGGGGACAAAAUAGUUACUAUAUUGAAAAAUAUUGCGCCUAGGCAGCCCCACAAUGCUAACUACCUAGUUUUUUUCUCAACCUCGGAACUAAUAUGYUUCAAUAUCCAAUACUAGGUCUGAGUUAAGAUCUUUCCUUGCAACUGUCUUGCACAACAUGCUGACGACACAAAUUGCUUUGAGAAAUCGACCGUACAGCUUGCUUGCAAUUGUAAAUGGCAGCUAAAACUUGGCAUAAGCAUGUUGCGUGCAACUGAUGUGAGGAAAGAUUUCGACCUAACCAAACCUCAGGAUUAAUAUCUAUAUGAAGCUUAACUUAGAAAAGUUUCUUGUCAUAAUAUUAGCAAUAAAAUAAAAGUAAAUUGGAGAUA